GCUGGCUGCGCUCUUCUACGGGGCGCUGGCGGCCCUGGUGCUGCUGGGCGUGCGGGACGUGAUGUUCCUCUACGAGGAGAACCGGUGCAGCAUGACCUACAUGUACGAGUACCCCGAGUAUCUGAAAAUAAAAUUACCUAAGAAAACAGCCAGACGAUACCCAGCAUAUGAGCUAUAUCUUUAUGGGGAAGGGAGCUAUGCUGAAGAAAACAAAAAUCUCCUAUUGACAGGAAUUCCAGUUCUCUUUCUUCCUGGGAAUGCUGGCAGUUACAAACAAGUACGUUCUCUUGGCUCCAUUGCACUUAGAAAAGCAGAAGAUGUUGACUUCAAGUAUCAUUUUAACUUCUUCAGUGUCAACUUUAAUGAGGAGUUGGUUGCAUUGUAUGGUGGUAGCCUGCAGCGACAGACCAAGUUUGUGCAUGAAUGCAUAAAAGUAAUUCUUAAGUUGUACAGGGAUCAAGAAUUUGCACCAAGCAGUGUAGCAAUAGUUGGGCAUUCCAUGGGUGGUCUUGUUGCAAGAGCACUGCUCACUCUGAAGAAUUUUAAGCCUGAACUUAUAAACCUGCUCAUUACACAAGCCACACCUCACAUUGCACCUGUAAUGCCUUUAGACAGAUAUCUUACUGAUUUUUAUACAGCUGUAAACAGUCAUUGGAUUCUAAAGGCCCAAGAUUUAAGAAAUUUAACUACCCUUUCUGUGGCGGGAGGAUUCAGAGAUUACCAAGUUCGUUCAGGACUGGCUUUUCUACCAAGAUUGAGUCAACAUGACAGUGCCUUAUCUGUUGUGAGCUCAGCUGUGCCUAAAGCUUGGGCCUCAACUGACCAUCUCUCCAUAGUGUGGUGCAAAGAACUGAUCCUGGCUACCAUUAGAGCUUUUUUUGAUCUCAUAGAUGAAAACACAAGGCAGAUAACUGAGGAUCCAAAGAAGAGAAUGUCUGUUCUGAAUCACCACUUUGUGAGACACCCUGCAAAGAUGUUUGAGGAAAAUCCUGAAGCUUUUACAAACCUCACAGGAGCUUUCAUGUGGAUUACAGUCAAAGGCUCAAAAUGGACUUACUCAGUUUACAAUGAUUCUGAUGGAAAAUAUUUCGUAUUUCCUCUUGCAAGCCACAGAAAAUCAUACAGUCAUGUUUACUGUGAAAAUAGUAUGUUGGACACAAGUAGCUGGAUUUAUGGCUGCAUGAGCACUAAUUCAUCAAUGUGCCUGGAAGCUGCUGAUUUAUCCUGGAGAGCUGAGUUACUUCCAACCACCAAGGUUGUAAUGCUGAAACUUCUGGACUAUCCUUCUUUGUCCCACAUUGUCAUUCAGGUACCACCUGCAGUUGGCAAUAAGUAUACUUUGGGCUGUGAAUUCUUCAAAGAGGAUUCCAGAACAGUACAGCUCCCUGUAACACAUCUCUUUUCAUUUGGGCUUUCUUCAAGCAAAAUUCUAUUAAAUUCAAGUGGAUUACUUUACAAUGUACAGCUUCAGCACUUCAACCAAAUAUAUCAAGCUUUCAAAAUUUAUAUAGACAGCCACUGCCAGCCACUCAAAGAAAGAAAACCUAGUGUUUACAGACUUCAUAUCCCCUGGUCAUAUGAAGACUCAAUAACUGUAGCGAAAGUUCCAUCUCUUGCUGAGGUUUCUGCCAAGCUGCACAUUGCUCAGCCUCACAAUGACAGCAGCCUUCCAGAGUUAAUCAUCUAUUCUUCUCCAGACUGUCAGUAUGAAGUAAUUCUCAAGACAUCACUUCUACAGGUUCUUGGGCAGAUAGUAAGGUUCCAUGCUGGUGCUUUUCCAGUGUAUAUUGUUUCUAAUAUUCUUCUUACUUAUGGAGGACAACUGAGCACACUGAGAUCAACAGGCCAGUGUUCAGACUUCUCCCUUGAACUAGUUAGGACAGCAAAGCCCUACAAAGUAGAACCUCUUAUAAGCAUUGUUGUGUUUCUGCAGGGGUUUAACUGGUUUAGAGAGAUAUGGGAAUCACUGUCACUACCAGAGGUGGAUGCUGCUGUACUGAGUAGUCAGGAUGCAUGGUUCCCCCUUGUGUCCCUGAUUCUAUUUCUUUUUGGGACAGGCAUUGCCUACUGGAGUGGAGUAUUUUUCUCUGCAUCUCUGAGGCUCUUCUCUUCAUUAUGGUUAACUCUGAUUAGACCUACUGAACUUCAAAAAGAUAAGUUAAUUACACCCAGAAGACUCUGUGGGAUGAUAUCUCUUGCUUUGGUUAGCUGGACCACUUGCGGUUCAUUUGCUGUACUCAUUAUUUAUCUUCAAUACUUGUUCAAGGUUGUAAAACUGCAUGUGACUGUAAAAGCAGAGCAAAACAUGCACAACAGGGAUUCAGGCCACUCAAAAGAAACUUCACAGAACUCCAGUACACACACAGUCCAAGCCCAGAGUUCAUUGGACAGCAUUCCAGAAGCAACACAGUCUCCUUCCAACAGUAAAACACUUGCGGAAGCUGUGAACAGUCUUAAGAUGCACAUUACAAUCCUUAAUUUAUUCACGUGGAUUGUGCUGCUCAACUUGCCAUCUUUAAUUUAUUGGUUAAAAAAUCUCAGGUACAAUGUUAGACUUGAUCCUGAUCCCUGUAGAUCCACAGCUAUUAUCCUCGUGUGUAUUUUAGAAAUUCUAAUGAGCUCAAGUACAUCUGAAGUGAAAUCAAGUAAACUCUUGAAGAUUGCAGCCAAAGUUCCACUCCCUUUGUCUGUUGCAAUGCUGGCCUUUGGACGAAUGCAUUUAUACAGAGUCCCACACUUUGUAACCUUUUCUCUUCUUCUACAUGUGCUGUGCUGUUUUGUGUAAUGUUCAUUCUAUAUAGGACAUAUAUAGGACAAUGCACCCUAGAAACUUAACACUGGAGAUGGGAAAAAUUGCAACACAGAAAUGCCUAAAUUAAUAUGAUCAGUAGUUUACAUUAUGUGGGAAAGAGGACAGAACUGUGAAUACUUUACAAAAAAUUCAUGGUUUUAUUCAUGUUGCUUAGAAAAAUUUUCCUGGUGUUUAUUUCAUGUCUCUGAAAAUGGGGUGGUUUUACUGUGUGUAAGCACAUGACUCAUAUCAGUGCAGCAUCUCAAUACUCUGCCUUGUAGACACCUUGGUAUUUCACUAUACUGCUUUGUGAAAACAGACCUUUUUUACUCACUGUGCCAUGCAGUGUCUGUGUUCUGAACUUGCAUCUCUUGCAGGUCUAAAGUAUGCUGGUUAAAACUCAAUACAUUUCAAGCACACUGUGACUAUCACAAAAACCACACAGCCAAGUAUACUUUGAAUUAUUUUAUGUUACAUUCAAAAGCUGCCACAUUUGUGUCUAGACAAACUAGAAUGUACUGCUUAUAUAGAACUGUUACUUCUAUCAAAUCAUUUGUUCAAUCAGUGUGAGUUGAACAUUUGUGAGAUUAUUGCAAGUCUUACACAUUUUACUUUUUGUGAGAGUGAGAAAACAACAGUAUUCUAUGUAGCUUUCUAUUCAGGAAGGAUACCAGCAGAUUCAUAAACAAUUUGCUGUAAUGUUGUUUUAAAACAUUGUCAGUUUUCUCUGGAAUUUUGAAAAUAAUCCUUGGACUUUGUCCAUAUGUAGAAGCUAGCAAACAUUGAAAUAUGGUGUGAGUUAACAGUGCAGUUGCUGCACUCCUUCUAAGUAAAUAAGGCAGGCUUUUUUCCUAAACAGAGAAUCAACCCCCUCCUAAUAAAUGCC